CCCGGGUCUCCGGUUCCAGCGGCAACGUGCGUUUUCUUUUAGCAUCUGAAUUUUUCCGAUUGAAGCGAAACCCAAAAUACUGGACUGCCUGGUUCAGGGCCGGACGCCUAGCCACCCUCCUGCUGACUUGGAGCUUCAGAGCCAUGGCAACAGAGGAGUCAGGAAGUGCGACAGCACAGUCUGCCCUCUCAUCAGCCAAUCGGAGCAAGGAAGUGCUUGAAAAACCAAACUAUGCUCUCAAGUUUACUCUCGUGGGACAUACGGAAGCAGUAUCAUCAGUUAAGUUUAGUCCUAAUGGAGAGUGGCUAGCAAGUUCUUCUGCUGAUAAACUAAUUAUAAUUUGGGGAGCAUAUGAUGGAAAGCAUGAGAGAACACUAUGUGGCCACAGUCUGGAAAUAUCAGAUGUUGCUUGGUCAUCAGAUUCCAGUCAUCUUGUUUCUGCUUCAGAUGAUAAAACUCUAAAGAUAUGGGAUGUGAGAUCUGGAAAAUGUUUAAAAACACUGAAGGGGCACAGUAAUUAUGUCUUUUGCUGUAAUUUCAAUCCGCCAUCCACCCUCAUCAUUUCGGGAUCUUUUGAUGAGAGUGUGAAAAUAUGGGAGGUGAAAACAGGAAAAUGCCUCAAGACUUUAUCUGCUCAUUCUGACCCAGUUUCUGCUGUUCAUUUUAAUUGUAGUGGGUCCUUGAUAGUGUCAGGUAGCUAUGAUGGUCUCUGUAGAAUCUGGGAUGCUGCAUCAGGCCAGUGUUUAAAAACGCUUAUUGAUGGUGAUAACCUUCCUGUCUCUUUUGUAAAGUUUUCUCCAAAUGGUAAAUAUAUUCUCAUUGCAACUUUGGACAAUACUCUUAAACUGUGGGAUUAUAGCAGAGGCAGAUGCCUGAAGACAUACACUGGACACAAGAAUGAGAAAUACUGCAUAUUUGCCAAUUUUUCAGUUACUGGUGGAAAGUGGAUUGUGUCUGGUUCAGAGGAUAACCUGGUUUACAUCUGGAACCUUCAGACUAAAGAGAUUGUACAGAAAUUACAAGGUCAUACAGAUGUCGUGAUCUCAGCAGCUUGUCAUCCCACGGAAAACAUCAUUGCAUCAGCUGCAUUAGAAAAUGACAAAACAGUUAAACUGUGGAUGAGUAACAGCUAAUCCUUUUGGAAAUCAAAAGAUGGUCUCUCAAUUUCGGCAUGUUUUUUUUAUUUCUUUUUAAAAUUGUCUUUAGUUAUAAGAUUUUGAGACUUAUAAUCUACAUUUUAAAAAUGACAGAAAAGCAAGUCUAGGGCUUCUGACUUCUAAUCUUCAGGCCUGUUUUUAAUCUCAUGUGUCUAUUCCUGGGCAGUUUGCCAUUUUGUUCCUCUCAGUGACUAUCCUAGAGGAUCUGUGUACAGAUGCCCCUUGACUUACAAUGGGUUACAUCCUGAUAAACCCAUCAUAAGUUGAAAAUACUUUUAACUUGUGAUAUUUUCAACUUACAAUGGGUUAUCUGAAUGUAGCUCCAUUGUAAGAAGAAGAUCGUACUAAAUGUGUUUUGCUUUCCACUAUCCUAAAGUCUAAAAGUCAUAAGUCACACCAUCAUAAAAUAGGGACCAACUGUAUUUGAGAAAUAUUUAGAAGUAAGGUUGACAAGACAGGACAACUGAUUAAAUGAGGGGAUAAAGGGAGUUGGGAAUAACUCCAGGACUUCAAGUUUGGGAGAUCAGAUGAACAAAAACAUAAGACUGGGAUGGUGGUGGAGGACUGGAGAUACAUGUCAGAUGCCACCCACACACUUUUGGUUUUAUCCUAACCUGAUGGGCCAUAAAACCAUGGUCCACGGAAUCAAGCCUAUAAUUUGGGAAAAAUAAUUCAUGGUUACGUUCAUUCAAAGGGUCUAAAAUUUUUGCUUCUUAUCACGAAAAAACCUAAAAGUAAACCCAAAUAAUGUUAUAAAUGGCAUUUUACUAAAGGACCUCACUUUGUACCAUUUUCUGACUUCUAGGCAAGCUAAAUGUCUGAGUGGUGAGACUGCUCUCCUUCACUAUGUCUGACCUAUAACUCCUACCCAUGCUUCAGACUCAGUUCAGAAAUCACCACAUAGGGAGCCACCACUGCCUGCCUGCCCCCAAACAUAGUCAACAGCCAAGUGAGGUCUUCCUGCUUCUUUCUAUAGCUUCUGUUAUAAAGUUCAAAAUAUAUUAUAGACCAGUUUGUAUUGUAAUGGUUUCAUGGGUAUGUUUCCAGUAGAUUAUGAGGUCUGUGCAAUCAGGAACUAUGUCUUAUUCAUCUUUGUAUUCUUGGUUUUUGUAAAGUAUUAUGUUUGAUGAAUGACAGUGAAUGAUACUACCACAACUUCAUUCCUCGCCUGCUUUUGAUAAAUUUUAGUAAUAAAUUCCCAAAACUAUCAUUACAUUGAUUAAAAAUAAAAAGUAUCUAACCAUA